CUCAAAAUCAUUUAUAUCUUUGGUGUUAUCUCUGCGUCUUUGUCCAAUCCUUUGAACAGAGCAACCAUAUCAAAUAAAAAUGAAGACUCUUAAUGGGGUUUUGCUCCUCUUGAUCAUAACUUUUGCCUUUCUUCAAUCAGCCCAAUCUCAAGAUCAAUCAGGAUUCAUCAGCUUGGAUUGUGGGUUGGUCCCCAAAGACACAACUUAUACGGAGAAGACGACGAAUAUAACAUACGUAUCAGACGGGAAUCACAUCGACAGUGGAGUGGUCGGGAAGAUCGAUGAAACGUUAAGGACGCAAUUUCAGCAACAGGCUUGGAACUUAAGAAGUUUCCCUGAGGGUGAAAGAAACUGUUACAACUUCAACCUCACAAGGAACCAGAAAUAUCUAAUCAGAGGAACCUUUGUUUAUGGGAAUUACGACGGUCUGAAUCAGCUCCCAAGCUUUGAUCUUCACAUCGGUUCUACCAAAUGGGCCUCUAUUUCAAUCCGAGGAGUUGCAACUGGUUCAAUCCGCGAGAUCAUCCAUGUUUUAACACAAGACCGUCUCCAAGUUUGUCUUGUCAAAACAGGUGUAACGACACCGUUUAUUUCUUCCUUGGAACUUCGUCCGUUGAACAAUGGAACGUACGUCACUCAAACUGGAUCGUUGAUGUUGGUGAGCAGAGUUUACUUUUCACCCAGUCCAUCGUUCAUCAGGUAUGAUGAGGACAUCCAUGACCGAGUCUGGAUGCCAUACGUUGGUGCGAAAACGUCGUCGUUAAGAACGGACCUUGAAGUAGAUACAAGUAACUUGUACAAGGUGCCUCAACUCGUGGCGAAAACCGCUAUGAUCCCUGCAAACCCUAGUGAGGCUCUGAGCUUAGAGUGGACUCUCGCUGGGAUCACUGCACAGUCAUAUAUAUACAUGCAUUUCGCCGAAAUCCAGAAUCUUGAAGCUAAUGAGAUCAGAGAGUUCAACAUUACUUACAAUGGUGGCUUAAACUGGUUCAGCUUCUUUAGGCCAGCGAAACUCAGUGUAACAACUAUAUUCAAUCCACGAGCCGUGAGUUCUCCAGAUGGGAGAUUCAAAUUCACUUUCGCCAUGACCGGUAACUCAACUCUUCCCCCACUUAUCAACGCCCUCGAGAUUUAUAAAGUCUUGGACUUUCCGAGUGAUGCAUAAGUACAAAUGUUUGUGACUAAUGAUUGCAACGUUUGUUUUGAAUAAGCAAAUAUAUAUAUUUGAUGUUUCCGAGUGUGGUGAGAAUGUUCCUUGUGUUAAAUUGUGGUUUUUAAUAUAACAAUAAGAUACUUUCUUUGUCAAUUGAUACUCUGUUUUAUUGCUCUGUUUUGAUCUUUCUGCUCUGCUCCUCUGCUUUGAUCA